GAAGUGGCGGAGAGUGGGGCGAUGGCGGUGCUGUUGGGUCUCGGAGUGGUGGCCACGGCCGGGACCGGGACCGCGUUUUGUUACUGGAGGCUCCGCCAGGCCCGCACCGCCGCCCGCCACCUGCAGGAAGCACCAAGAUUUCCAUUGGAUCAAGACCUCAAGUCUGUUCUGUUAAACGCACCAGGGAAAUGCCUUCCGUACGCUGUGGUAGAAGGUUUGGUUACCCCUGUCAAUGAGAUUUUGAACAGCCAGUUUGUGGACGGUUGCAGAGGGGUAAUACAUCGGUUGGUUUUAAAAGAGCACAAUGCAGUGUGGAAUCGGACUACGCACCUUUGGAAUGACUGUGAAAAGAUUCUACAUCAAAGGACUAACACUGUACCCUUUGACCUUCUGACUGAUGGCAACUUUGGUGUAUCAGUGAGGGUGAUGAAACCCUUGGCAUCAUCCGAACUGGACCUGGAAACCGUGUACAAGAAGUUCCACCCUGUAGUGCAGACGCUCCCUAACAUCAUCGUUCAUUAUAUUAGCGGUGAGCGACCGAAGGGGAUCACAGAGAUGGAACAAAUGCUCAAAGUUGGCGAUGUAGUAACAGGAGUUGGUGAACUUGUUUUGGACAAUAAUCUUAUAAAACUUCAGCCUCCUAAGCAAGGGCUUCAGUACUUCAUCUGCAGACUCAAUUUUCAGUCUCUCGUUGAGAAGCACAAGGCCAAGGUAACGCAGUGGAAAGUCUUGACUAUUGUGUUUGGAAUUGUAACAUGUGCUGCUCUAUCAUAUACAUUGUGGCGGCAGUAUAAACAGCACAAGAUGAAAGAGGAGCAGACGAGGGAGGAGGAAGAGAAGCUGGCAAUGAAGAAACGACGCAUCCAGGAACUGGGCUUGACGGAAGGAGAGGUCCCUCAAAGUGCAUGUGCCAGCUGCCUGAUCAGGGAGCGGAACUGUGUCUUUCUGAAAUGUGGACACAUUUGUUCCUGCCAUGAAUGCUAUAAGGCUCAACUCGUUCCCAAAAUAUGCCCCAUCUGUAAAGAUCCUGUCUCCAGAGUAGUUCUGUUGUAUAAUAGCUAAAUAUUCACCACCCCAAUCUCUUCACCCAGCUAUGAAUGCCUCACAUUUGCUUUCCAACAGAAUAUAUAUUUAUUGAGAAUAAUGAUAACAGGUACCAACAGUGAUCGCACUACUACUAUUUGUAUUACUGGUAAUACAAGUGCCACUGGCAGCUCGCAGUUAUCUCACAAUCUGGACAACACACCCAUCAGUCACACUGAACAAAAUCAACACUGUCGGUGUCACUUUAUAACCUAGCAAAGGCUUUGAUUGCCAUCUUGUGGAAGACUAGAGUAGAACAUCGAAAUUUGCUGGUUUGAAAUGUGAACAUCUUCGGUAUUCAUCAGUCCUGAUGAAGGUUUCGGCCUGAAAUGUCAGCUGUUUAUUCCCCUCCAUUGAUGCUGAGUUCCUCCAGUAUUUUGUGGUUAUUGCUCUGGAUUUUCAGUAUCUGCAGCAUUUCUUGUGCUCACUAUUUAAAUUGUGCUGCUUGCUCCGAUUGGAUUUAUGAUUAUAUAUCUAAUUACUUAAGAUGGAAAUAUGAAAAAUUUGUGGUGGUCUGUAGGCUUAGAUCCUCUUCUUCAGCCCUUUACCUCUUCAACCUAUCACCUCCCGGCAUCUUAUUUCAUUCCACCCUCCCCCUCUCCUGGUCUCACAAUCACCUGUAAGUUUGUUCCUCCUCCUCCUUAAUGUGGCAUCUUCCCCCAUCCUCUCCAGGACUAAUGAAGGGUUUUAGCCCAAAUUGUCGACUGUAUCUUCCCCUCCAUUUGAUGCUCAAAGUUCAAGGUAAUUAUCGAAGUACAUAUGUCACCAUAUCCAACCCUGAGAUUCAUUUUCUUGCGGGCAUACUCAAUAAAUCCAUAAUAGAAUAAUAAUCAUAACAGAAUCUAUGAAAGACUACACCAACUUUUGUGUUUGACCAGUGUGCUAAAGACAACAAAUUGUGCAAGUACAAAACGAAAGAAAUAAUAAUAAAUCAAUGAGCAAUACAUUUCAAGUUCCUUCAGCAUUUUGUGCUGAACAAUUUCAAGUUGUGAAGUAGGGCAAAAAUAAUCCACAGUGCUUUCUAGCAACACUGGAAUUAUUUCAUGCAUGAAUUAACUUUUUAAUGUGUAUGAAGCUGUCACAAUUUACUGGUCUGUGCAGAUGUGAACACAUCUGUACUGAUUUGCAGUAGUCUGAAGACAUUGCAAUGCUGUAUUCAGAAAGACUGCGAUCAGAUUGUGCCUUGAAUAUUUUCUCCUCUAGGUAAAAUCUUAUCAGAAUAUUUCAGUGCGGAACUUUAUCUGUGGCUGUGGUCUGAAGCCAUUGACACAGCGCUGAACUGACUGACUCGAUGGCUGUGGCCCCAGUCAUUGGCUCCUGGGCUGGUUUUACUCCCCUUGGCGCUUCAUGGCUGUGGACUCACUUUUGGGGACUCUACGGUUUGAUGUUUAAUGUUUUGUGUGUUAUUUGUUCCCUUGUUUUGUUGGUAUGAUUUGUUCAUUGAGGGUUUUCUUUAAGCAGCUUCUAUGGUGCUUCUUUGUUGUGUGGUUGUUGUGUGGCUGCAAGGGGACAGAUCUCAAGGUUGUAUACUGUAUCCAUACCUUGGUAACAAAUGUACUUUGGACCAGAAAACCAGAAGAGAUAGGAGCAGGAUUAGGCCAUUUGGCCCAUUGAGUGUGCGCCACCAUUUCAUCAUGACUGUUUUUCCUCUCGGCCCCUGUCUCCUGCCUUCUUCCUGUAUUCCUUCAUGCCCUGACCAAUCAACCACUGCCUCAAUGAUUUGGCCUCCACCAUCAACUGUGGCAAAUAAUUCCACAGAUUCACCACUUCUCAUCUCCAUUCUAUUCCUAUUCUGAUGCUGUGUACUGUGGAUUUAGACUCUCCCACUAUAAAAAACAUCCUCUCCACAUCCAUUCCAUCAAAGCCCUUCACCAUCUGAUAGGAUUUAAUGUGGUCACCUCUCAUUCUUCUGAAUUCUAGUAAAUACAGGCCCUGAGCCAUCAAACACUCUUCAUAUGACAAGCCAUUUAAUCCUGGAACCACACCCUUGAUCCUUGAAUUAUUCCAAAAUGUGCCAAAUACAAUAUACUUUACACCCCUCUGAUUCAAUCACCUUUUUAUUCUGAUCUGAAGAGCAUUUUUCCCCAGCACUGGCACCCAGUAGGGGUGGCACCCUGGCAUAGCAGUUAUUGCAUUGCUUUACAGUACCGGGGUUCAGUUCCUGCUGCUGUCUAAGGAGUUUGUACAUUCCCCCUGUGACUCUGUGGGUUUCCUCCCACAUUCCAACAAUGUAUGUUUCAAUGGUUCAAUUUAAUAUCUGAGAAUGUAUACAGUAUAUAUCCUGAAAUUACUCUUCACAGACAUCCACGAAACAGAAAAAUGGGUUAGGGUUAGUAAGUUGUGUGCAUGUGCUGUUGGUGCUGGAAACUUGGCAACACUUGUGGGCUGCCCCCAGCACAUCCUCAGACUGUUGGUCAAUGACGUAAAUGACACAUUUCAUGUUUUGAUGCAUAUGUGACAAAUAAAGCUAAUCUUUUUUUUCUUUAACUUUAAUAGCCCACCCAAAUGUAAAAAUGAAAUGCUGUGGAAGGACAUGGACAGUCAGCAAUUCAGGUCGAGACCCUUCAUCCCGAUUCUGACAGUAUGAUUUUUGCUUUAGAUUCCAGCCACUUCAAUCUCUGCUAUCUCCAUCCUACCCACGUAGCACUUUUUCCGAAAGCUUUUACACUUUAUUCUGCAUUGUUAUUGUUUUACAUCAUUCUAGCUGAAUGCACUGUGUAAUGAUCUGAUCAGCAGGAACAAGACAAGUUUUUCACUGCAUCUUGGCACAGGUGCCAAUAAUAAACUAAUACCAAGACAAUACAUCUUCAAGAGCUGGUGCUUCAAGAAGCCGGCAUCCAUCACUAAGGACCCUCACCAUCUGAAGCACGUCCUCUUCUCAUCAGGGAGGAGGUACAGGAGUCUGCAGACCCGCACUCAAAUUAUUCAUGAACAGCUUCUUCCCUGCCAUCAAAUUUCUGAAUGGUCCAUGAAUCCACAAAAAAACACUUCAUCAUUAACACUGAGAUGCUGGAAGUCCAAAGCAACACACACAAAAUGCUGGAGGAGCUCAGCAUGUUAGGCAGCAUCUAUGGAAAUAAAAAAAAGUUGAUGUUUCGGGCUGAGACCCUUCUUCAGGACCGGAAAGGAAAGGGGAAGACCACCUCAUCAUUCCUUUUUUAUGUGCACUGUUUUCAUCUUUGCACUGUACUGCUGCUUCAAAACAAAUUUCACGUCAGUCCUGAUGAAGGUCUUGGCCUGAAAUGUUUACUUUAUUUCCUUCCAUAGAUGUAGGUGGUGGCUUGGAGAGAUAUCUCUACCAAAGGAGGUGGAAGGUAUGGUGCUCCUUCCCUCCACUAAUCUUGGGCAAGGUGUAGUACCUGCUUAGCUUCCCCCCAACCCACCGGAUCAGGGUUAUGUGGAGCUUCAGGAGCAGUUGGUGCAUGUCGCAUCCUGGUUAUGUGACCACUGAUGCCAGGUAGACAAUCUCUGAAAAGUAUUGUCAUACUUUUUUUUUGGGGGGUGGGGGUCAUCUGUCUUAUAAAGACACUGCCCAGAAGAAGACAAUGACAAAGAAAGAAUUUGCCAAGGACAAUCAUGGUCAUGGAAAGACUAUGAUCAUCCAUGUCAUAUACCAUGGCACAUAAUGAACAUGUAAAUGCUGCUGACUUGCUGAGUUCCUCCAGCAUUUGUGUGUGUUGCUCAGGAUAUUUGGUGUUUGCAGAAUCUCUUGUGUUUUAAAUUUCCCAUCAUAUGUUAGUGAUAAUAAACCUAUUUCUGAUUCAUUCAGUGGGUGUAGACUUCACUUUACUUUUUAGAAGUACAGUAUGGCCACAGACCCUUCCAGGCCAGUGAACUGGCGCUGCCCAAUUUCACCUAUGUGACCAGUCAACCUACUAACUUAUGUGUCUUUGAAAUGUGG